CAUUUGAAUAUUCUUCUGUCUCAUGGUUUAUGCUUAUAAAUAGACAAUUGAUCAACACCAAGGAUGAAAGUAAUCACUUCUCUAAUCUCUUCUGUUUUGCUUUAAAUUCGUACAACUCUAUUUAAACAUUUUUCUUGUUACGUUUUAAAGGAUGAAAGUAAUCAUUUCUCUAAUCUCUUCUAUUUUGCUUAAAUUUAUCCACGAAGACUUCCGUGAGAUUUAUUCAAGAAUGUCCCUCCUCGAUCGUUUCCUACUUCUUAUCGUGCAUGGAGUGGAUAAGAUGGUUCCAUGGCACAAGCUUCCGGUUUUCUUGGGUUUAGCCUAUCUUGAAAUACGUAGGCAUCUUCACCAAGAAUACAAUCUUCUCAACGUCGGUCAAACUCCGGUUGGAACCCGGUUUGAUCCUGCUAAUUAUCCGUACCGGACUGCUGACGGAAAAUUCAAUGAUCCGUUUAAUGAAGGCGUCGGCAGUCAAAAUAGCUUCUUCGGAAGAAAUUGUCCUCCGGUUGAUCAGAAAACAAAGAAGUUAUUGAGGCCAGAUCCUAUGGUGGUGGCGACAAAACUAUUACAAAGGAGAAAGUUUCUCGACACAGGAAAACAAUUCAAUAUGAUUGCAGCUUCUUGGAUUCAAUUAAUGAUCCAUGAUUGGAUUGAUCAUCUUGAAGAUACUCACCAGAUCGAGCUUGUGGCUCCAAAAGAAGUAGCGAACCAGUGUCCUUUAAAGUCCUUUAGGUUCUUCAAGACAAAGGAAGUCCCUACCGGUUUUUUCGAAAUCAAGACCGGUUCACAAAAUAUCCGUACACCUUGGUGGGAUUCGAGCGUCCUCUAUGGAAGCAACUCAAAAAAAAUGGAGAGAGUAAGAACUUACAAAGAUGGUAAACUUAAGAUAUCGGAGGACACCGGUCUCCUUCUCCAUGAUGAAGACGGUUUAGCCAUCUCUGGUGACAUUCGUAACAGUUGGGUCGGCCUCUCCGCCUUGCAAGCUCUCUUCAUCAAAGAACACAACGCCGUAUGCGACGCCCUCAAGGAUGACGAUAGUGAUUUGGAAGACGAAGAUUUGUACCGCUACGCGAGGCUAGUAACCUCAGCAGUGAUAGCCAAGAUUCACACUAUAGAUUGGACAACCCAGCUUCUCAAAACCGACACUUUACUAGCUGGAAUGCGAGCGAAUUGGUACGGACUACUAGGAAAGAAGUUUAAAGAUUCUUUCGGACAUGCUGGCAGUUCGAUCUUGGGAGGUCUCGUGGGUAUGAAAAAACCGCAAAAUCAUGGUGUCCCAUAUUCUCUAACCGAAGAGUUCACUAGCGUGUACCGAAUGCACUCUCUCUUACCUGAUCAACUCCAGAUGCGUGACAUUGAUGUUGUACCGGGAACUAAUAAAUCACUACCGUUGAUGGAAGAGAUUCAUAUGGAAAAUUUGAUUGGUCGUAAAGGCGAACAAAACAUGUCUCAGAUUGGAUUCACUAAGCUAAUGGUCUCAAUGGGUCACCAAGCAAGUGGAGCACUUGAACUGAUGAACUAUCCAAUGUGGUUAAGAGAUAUUGUUCCCCAAGACACCAACGGCCAAGAACGUCCAGACCACGUCGACUUAGCUGCUUUAGAGAUCUACCGGGACAGGGAGAGGAAUGUGGCACGGUACAACGAUUUUAGGAGAGCUAUGUUUAUGAUUCCGAUUGACAAGUGGGAAGAUCUAACGGAUGAUGUGGAAGCGAUUGAAGUGCUGGAUGAUGUGUAUGGUGGUGAUAUAGAGGAGCUUGAUCUUCUAGUUGGACUUAUGGCAGAGAAGAAAAUCAAAGGUUUCGCUAUUAGUGAGACUGCUUUUUAUAUUUUCCUCAUCAUGGCCUCAAGGCGAUUAGAAGCGGAUAGAUUUUUCACAAGCGAAUUCAAUGAAACGAUUUAUACAAAGAAGGGACUUGAAUGGGUGAAUACUACAGAGAGUCUCAAGGAUGUGUUUGAUCGUCAUUAUCCCGAAAUGACCGACAAAUGGAUAAAUUCCGAAAGCGCAUUUUCAGUAUGGGAUUCUCCACCAGUUACCAAAAAUCCAAUCCCUCUCUAUCUCCGAAUUCCCUCUUAAAUCAUUUUAGUGUGAUCUAUGCACUUUGAAUUCUUUUUUUUAAUUGGCAUUUGUUGUUUGUGUGAGCUCUGUCAUUGUAAGCUAUUGAUAUUAAUCAUGUACUAUAUACAUAAAUAUUCAAAUAAGAAUAAGUUGUUUGUAACCCUGUUUUGUUAUAUAACUAGAUUCGGACC